AUGCUGCGCAAUUUGGUCAGAGGGAACGCUGUGAGAAGGUUUACCGUUGCUGCGAGGGAGAGUGUGGGCACGGUUUCGAGUUUGGAGGUGAAAGUGCAUGCUGGGGCGCGGUACGCUGCAUUGGACGGGGUGUCGCACCUUCUGUCGCGGUUCAAUUUCCAGAACACGGGGGCCAAGUCCGCGCUGCGGCUUGUCAGGGAGUCCGAGCUACUCGGCGGACAAUUGUCGUCGCAUGUCGAUCGUGAAUUCAUCACAUUGAGGGCUGUUUUCUUGCAGGAGCAGCUGCCAUACUACGUGGAGGCCCUCGGGAACGUCCUGUACAAGACUUCUUUUAAACCACACGAACUGGUCGAGUCUGUGCUGCCUGCUGCGCAGUACGACGUUCUAGUCGCAUCGCAGAACCCACUUACAAGAGCUGAAAAUUUGUUGUAUAACGUCACCUACCGGAAAGGGUUGGGGAACCCGGUGCUCUACGAUGGAGUAGAAACAGUGACGUUGGAACAUAUUAAACAAUUUGCCAACAAGGUCUAUACGAGGGAAAAUAUCGCCAUUGAGGGGAGGAACGUCGUGCAGGCGGACUUGCAGAAGUUCUUGAACGACUCGUUGAUAAGCAGCUUGCCUGCAGGUAAAUCUUUGAAAGAAAGUACAGAACCGGCUACUUUCACUGGGGAAACAAGAUUGAGGUCCACAGGACCGUCUGUUGCAGCCAUUGCCGUACCGCUUUCCAAGGACAACCUGGCAGUCUACGAAAUUCUAUCAAACCAUUUGAACGCAACUGGUGCGUACAAACAUGUCUUCAGCAAAGUAGACUCUUACAAUAACGCUUAUGGAUUGUUCCAGCUUUUCAUCAAGGACGCAGACGCUGAAACGGUCGCCACAAAGAUUAAGAAAAUAGUAUCCGACCUGAAGAAGGGUGUAGACAUCUCCACCUCGGUAGAAUUGACCAAAUUGAAAUUGACCUCAGAGGAAAUCCCACUAUUAUCCACUUUGAAUUUGGAUGCUGUCAAAAACGUCAAGUUGGAAAAAUUCAACUACGUUGCAGUAGGUGACGUCUCGAAACUACCAUACCUGGACGAGUUGUAA